AUGCUGGUUAAUAAUCAUGAAAUAAAAGUACAACCUGAUUUAGCUACCUUGCAAACCAUUAUUGAAAAUGAUACACAAGGAUCUAAUGUGUUUCCAGUUUAUUCUUUCUUGCCUGCCUUGAAUUUGAACUUAACUCCACAUCAGGCAUAUUUGAAAUUGUCCAAAGGUGCCAAUAAACAAUCAUUUCUAUUAGAAAGUGCUAAAAGUUAUAACGAAUUGGAUAGAUAUUCAUUCAUCGGUAUCAACCCAACAAAGAUUAUCACCAAUAAUAAUUCUCAAGAUCCUUUAACUAUUUUGAAAGAUUAUUUGAAAGACUUCAAACUUUCCAGUGAUAUCCCAAGUCUGCCACCUCUAAGUGGGGGUGCCAUUGGCUACGUAUCUUAUGAUUGUAUCAAAUAUUUUGAACCAAAAGUAAACUCAAAUGGUCAAUAUGAUAAAAUGAAAGAUACUUUACAAUUACCAGAAUCUCUAUUCAUGAUUUCCAAUACAAUCGUCGCAUUUGAUCAUGUUUUUCAAAGAUUUCAAAUCAUCCAUAAUAUUUGUACUAGCUCAACUACUACAGAUUUAAAAGGACAAUUCGAUGAGGCACAAUCAAUUAUUAAAAAUAUUAUAAGUAUUUUAAUUACAAAAGAUGAAAUAGAUUCUAAUAAUUACCCAUUUCAAAAAAAAAUUAAAUUAAAUCAAACUUUUACUUCAAAUGUAGGUCAAGAAGGUUAUGAAAAUUUUGUCUCUUCUUUAAAACAAAACAUUAAAAAAGGUGAUAUCAUUCAAGCAGUUCCAUCUCAACGAAUCUCAAGGCCAACUUCUUUACAUCCAUUUAACAUCUACAAGCAUUUGAGAAUGGUAAACCCUUCCCCAUACUUAUUUUAUAUCGAUUGUUUAGAUUUCCAAAUCAUUGGUGCUUCUCCAGAAUUAUUAUGUAAAUCGGAUUCCAAAAAUAAAUUGAUUACUCAUCCAAUUGCAGGAACUGUAAAAAGAGGUUCAACUUUAAAAGAAGAUGAUGAAUUGGCAGACCAAUUGAGAUCUUCCUUAAAGGAUAAAGCUGAGCAUAUCAUGUUGGUGGAUUUAGCAAGAAAUGAUAUUAAUCGUGUUUGUAAUCCACGUACUACAUCUGUUGAUAAAUUAUUGACCAUUCAAAAAUUUUCUCAUGUUCAACAUUUAGUUUCAGAAGUUAGUGGGACUUUAAGACAUGAUAAAGAUCGUUUCGACGCUUUUAGAUCAAUUUUCCCAGCAGGUACUGUCAGUGGUGCGCCAAAGAUUAAAGCAAUGCAAUUGAUCUCUGGUUUGGAAAACGAAAAAAGGGGUGUAUAUGCAGGUGCAGUAGGCCACUGGUCUUAUGACGGUAAAUCAAUGGAUACUUGUAUCGCAUUAAGAACAAUGGUUUAUAAAGAUGAUACUGUAUAUUUGCAAGCUGGUGGUGGUAUCGUUUUCGAUUCAGAUGAAAAUGAUGAAUACAUAGAAACCAUGAAUAAGAUGAUGGCUAAUAACAAGACCAUUUUAGACGCUGAAGAAUUCUGGGCUAAAAAGGUAGGUACUACCACUGAUUAG